AUGGCUUCUCCUUUAGAACAGUUCGUGGAUAAUGUUAGGACUAUGUCGGCAUCAGGUUCCUUUCGUGAGUUGUGCGAAGUAAUAGGAAAGUCUGAUGAAGUUUUACAAAGAAACACGGCACAUCUUUCAACAGUUUUGGAGACACUUGAUAUUCAGCAACAUUCUCUAGGAGUCCUAGCAGUCCUCGUCGCGAAAUUCUCACUCCAACAGGGUGGUGAUGUAGAUAAAUCGACAAUGUUCAAACAGAUCCAUGAUUUUAUAACCAACUGCAAUGGAGAGCAAGUAAGAUUUUCACCAGAAUUAUAUGCAGAGCUGUGUCAUCAGUUAACAAAUUACUUGGUUGAAAUAAAGCAACCAAUCAGAGGAAUUGAAAUCUUGAAGAAAGCUAUUAGGAAGAUACAGCUCUUUGAUUCACAGCUAACAUCAAUUCAUGCAGAUCUUUGCCAGCUCUGCUUACUCUCAAAAUGCUUGAAACCUGCUUUAGAGUUCUUAGAUACUGAUGUUACUGGUAUUGGAUCGGAGCUUGGUGGUAACAAUGACUCGAAACAUUUCCUUCUGUACUACUACUACGGAGGCAUGAUCUACACUGCAAUGAAGAACUAUGAUAGAGCUUUGUAUUUCUUUGAAGUAGUGGUGACAGUACCAGCAAUGGUGGUCUCUCACAUCAUGUUGGAAGCUUACAAGAAAUACAUAUUGGUCUCGUUUAUUCUACAUGGAAAGAUCUUACCAAUGCCAAAGUAUGCCUCACAAGUAGUGUGCCGCUUUCUGAAGCCUCUAUCAGCAGCAUACCAUGAGCUGGCUACCUCCCAACAUGCUGCUAUCAAACAUCGCGAUACCUUCAUCAGGGACAAGAAUAUGGGUCUAGUGAACCAAGUGUUAAGUUCUAUGUACAAAAAGAACAUUCAAAGGCUGACUAAAACAUUUUUAACACUUUCGCUGAGUGAUGUCGCGGCGCGAGUGCAGCUCACUGGACCAUCACAAGCUGAAAGUUACAUUCUUAACAUGAUUGAAGAAGGUGAAAUAUAUGCAAUGAUCAAUCAAAAAGAUGGAAUGGUGGUCUUCUUGGACAGUCCGGAGAAAUACGCGUCGCCUGAAACUUUAUGUGUGCUAGAACAACAAAUGGCUGCUUGCACAAAACUGCACCAGUAUAUUCAAGAGAUGGAUGAACAAAUACAAGUCAAUCCUCAGUACAUUAAGAAAUCAGUAGGCAGCCACGACGAAGACAUACCAGCCACCAGUCAGAAUUCUAAAACCACUUAUUCAAUGUAA